AUGGACAAACUGCCUAUCCCAAACCACGAAACAAUUGAUAUGGCAAUCAACAUGGCACCUACAUCAAUACAGCCUAUUGCCCGACAAGGUGUGCAAUGGGUUCGGCAGAAAAUUGGCCCUUUGAAGGAGUUAGAAGUUCAAGAAGGGGUAGAUCAAGAAGCGCCAUCCCCACCCCCAAGCCCAGAAUCACAUCUGGGGCCGGAAAUGACAGAGAGGAGGCAAUUUUCAUUAUCGCCGGAAAUGGAGUUACCAAAAAGCUCAGAGGAGCUUGACGGGUCUGCCCAUAUCUUCCCCGCAAAGAUUCGAAUCUCGCCAGAAUCUGAAAACCGUGUUGCUGAGGAGCUGAAGGAUGCCAUGUCGAGGGAUCUGUUCCAGCCACUGUGGCCGUAUGUCAAGGAAAAUCAACUGGGCAAGAGAGAGGAUAGGGGUGGUAGAGGAACGACAAAGGUACAGUGUGAAGAAGAGGAACUGGAUGAGAGUAUAGUAUUCUCGCCUGAGCUCACAGAGGAGGCGAUUAGAAGGAAGGAAGAAAUAAUGAGGGGUUGGAAGGCAAAGAAGGACAGACCUCCUUCUAAACCAACAACAGGCUUCGGGAGUUUGAACGACGAGGAAGUCAACAGGAGACUGGAGGACUUGAGCAUGUUCAAUCCUACGCUGCCGCCACAUUUACGGUUCCGGCCAGUGAAUCGAGAUUUCGCCGAAGACGGAAAAAGCUCCAAGCAUAAGUCUAGAAAGGGGGGUGAGGAAUCUGGCUUUCUGAAGGAGGAGCGACAGUCCGCCGAGGCAAAGGCACCCAGGCAAAAGUUUACAAAACAGACGCAAAAAUCAAGCCAAGUCAAGCAGGAACACCAGGAGAAAGUGUCACAAAAGCACUCAAAUCAAACGGACAAGCAUCAGGAGAAGAAUAUCUCCCAAACUUCAAACGAGUCUGAGAGCCACGCAACCUCGCAACGUCUACAACGCCUCCGGAUGCCUAGAUAUCGCUAUGAUGAACAGGAUUCUGAUGACGAGUUGCCGUUUGCUCCGAGAAAAUGA